AUGGUCGACCUUCCAGGGCUGACUAAAGUUCCCAUUGGGGAUCAGCCAUCGGACAUUGAGAAGCAAACCCGCGCUUUGAUAUUGGAAUACAUCGCCAAGCCGAAUAGUAUCAUUCUAGCUGUCUCUCCGGCAAAUGUUGACCUUGUGAACUCUGAAGCACUGAAACUUGCUCGCCAGGUUGAUCCCAUGGGUCGGAGGACUAUUGGGGUUCUCACUAAAUUAGAUCUGAUGGAUCAUGGGACUAAUGCUAUGGAUAUCUUAUCCGGCCGGGUUUAUCCAUUGAAACUUGGAUUUAUUGGGGUUGUUAACCGAUCUCAGCAAGAUAUUCAAUCUGGAAAAUCGUUAUCCGAGGCACUCCACGCGGAAGUAGAAUUCUUCCGACAUCACCCAGCAUAUCGGAAUAUGGCGAAUCGAUGCGGAACACAGUAUCUUGCAAAGACACUGAAUGGGACGCUAAUGUCCCAUAUUCGAGAUCGUCUACCAGAUAUCAAGGCUCGGUUGAAUACGCUGAUGGGCCAAACUCAGCAAGAGCUAGCCAGCUACGGCAACAAACAAUUCAGUGGAAAGGAACACCGUGGGUCCUUAAUACUCCAGUUAAUGACUCGCUUUGCUUCAUCUUUCAUAUCUUCAAUUGAUGGGACCUCGUCUGAGAUUUCUACUAAGGAGCUUUGUGGAGGGGCCAGAAUAUACUAUAUUUUCAAUUCUGUAUUCGGGAACUCUCUUGAAACGAUUGAUCCCAUACACAAUUUAUCUGUUCCUGAUAUCAGAACCGCGAUCCGCAACUCAACUGGUCCCCGACCAAGCCUUUUCGUCCCGGAGCUUGCGUUUGACUUGCUUGUAAAGCCUCAGAUCAAGAUGUUAGAGGCGCCUAGUCAGAGAUGUGUGGAGCUGGUAUAUGAAGAGCUUAUAAAAAUUUGUCAUACCUGUGGUUCACAGGAACUUUUACGGUUUCCACGUCUCCAGGCAAAGCUUAUUGAAGUUGUUUCCGAUCUUCUCCGCGAGCGCCUAGGACCUUGCUCUGCUUACGUUGAAUCCCUGAUAUCUAUCCAAAGGGCUUAUAUCAAUACAAAUCAUCCAAACUUCCUGGGUGCAGCGGCAGCAAUGUCAUCCAUCAUCCAGAGUAAACAGGAGGAGGAAAGGAAAGCAGUUUUGGCCGAGGAUAGAAGAAAACGAGACAAAAGACGUCUGAAGGAGCUUGGGGGUCUUAAUGGCAGCAUCGCUGCCUCACCCGAUGAGGAGGACCAACACUUGGAACCCAAGACGCAAAACUUUCCUAUUGGGACCCAGUCUGCGAAAGGAGGAAGGAACCAAUCUCCACACAUUAACAAAUCGCAGGAUGGCGGUAUCACUGCAACAUUAAAUGGAACAAACUCGAGCACGCACGCUGUAUUUGGCGCUACUAACCCUACCCGUGAUUCAUUUUUAAACUACUUCUUUGGCAAGGAUGGCACACAGGCGCCGAAUGCGAUAUCUCGUCCUCCUACCCAGGGCAAGCCACCCCAUCCCAACGAUUCUAACGCUAGCCAAAGUUUUCGACGUACAGAAAUGCGGUCCCCUGUUUUGCAGCCUGAAGAAUACAUACCUCUCCCGGAGUAUGGGGGCGAGGCUACCUCAUUUGACAAUUCCGAGCCGGCUCUUUCUGACCGUGAGCUGCUGGAGACCGAGUUGAUCCGCCGAUUGAUCUCUUCGUAUUUCAACAUUGUAAGGGAGACCAUUGCGGAUCAGGUUCCGAAAGCUAUUAUGCAUCUACUUGUCAACCAUAGCAAAGAAGUUGUGCAGAAUAGGCUCGUCAGCGAACUUUACAAGGAAGACCUCUUCGCAGAACUGCUUUAUGAAGACGAUGGUAUCAAAGCGGAAAGGGAGAAGUGCGAAAGACUCCUUGACACGUACAAGGAAGCAGCGAGGAUCGUGGGUGAAGUUUUGUAG